CCAGCCUGCAACACCGCCGACGUUGAUGCUCAAUCGCCCUCGCCUCACCAAGCGCCCCUCUCUUCUCGAUCUUAUCCAGAAGAAGAACAUCUCCUACAUCUCGACCUUCUCGAGCAGCCGCAGUCUGUUCGAAGACGACGUCGAGCCGCGCAACAUCCCGCUCCCCAAGAGCCCGCUGAUAACACCGCACCGCGAAGACGUCAGCGAACCACCGCCGCCGCCCAUCGCAUUGAACAGCGACAGCGACAGCAACCAGGAACGCGUUCAGACUCCAGUAGCAAAGAUGGGUCCUAAACCAAAGAAGCAGCAGGAGAAGCCCCAGCAGUCGCAGCAGGCUGAGGGGAAGAAGGCGCCCGAUGGCCAGGUCUUCUCGGUCUCCGGUCCCGUCAUCGUGGCUGAGAACAUGAUUGGUGUUGCUAUGUACGAGCUUGUCCGUGUUGGUCACGACAACCUUGUAGGAGAAGUGAUUCGAAUUGAACACGACAAGGCCACCAUCCAGGUCUACGAGGAGACUGCUGGUGUUACUGUCGGUGAUCCCGUCCGGAGGUCCGGACAGCCUCUCUCUGUCGAACUCGGCCCUGGUCUCAUGGAGACCAUCUACGACGGUAUUCAGCGUCCUCUCAAGGGUAUUGCCGACGACUCGAGCUCUAUCUACAUUCCCCGUGGUAUCGAUUUGCCCGCUCUCGACCGCAAGAAGAAGUGGGAUUUCACACCUGGCAGCCUCAAGGUCGGCGAUCACAUCACUGGAGGUGACGUUUUCGGAACUGUUUUCGAGAACUCUCUAGUCAGUGAGCACAAGAUUCUCCUCCCUCCCCGCGCCCGCGGAACGAUCACCCGCAUCGCAGAGAAGGGCAGCUACACUGUUGAUGAGAAGAUUCUGGAGAUCGAGUUCAACGGCGUCAAGACCGAGCACAGCAUGAUGCACCGCUGGCCUGUGCGAGUGCCUCGUCCUUCAAACGAGAAGCUGUCUUCCGAUCAGCCCCUCAUUGUUGGCCAGCGUGUCUUGGACUCGCUGUUCCCUUCUGUCCAGGGUGGAACCGUCUGCAUUCCCGGUGCUUUCGGUUGUGGAAAGACUGUCAUUUCUCAGUCUCUCUCCAAGUUCUCCAACUCAGACAUUAUUGUUUAUGUCGGCUGCGGCGAGCGAGGAAACGAGAUGGCUGAGGUCUUGAUGGACUUCCCCGAGCUUACUAUCGAAGUCAACGGCAAAAAGGAGCCUAUCAUGAAGCGCACCACCCUCAUCGCCAACACCUCGAACAUGCCCGUGGCUGCCCGUGAAGCCUCUAUCUACACUGGUAUAACCGUAGCUGAAUAUUGGAGGGAUCAGGGUAAAGACGUUGCCAUGAUGGCCGACUCUUCCUCGCGUUGGGCCGAGGCUCUGCGUGAAAUUUCUGGACGUCUCGGAGAAAUGCCUGCUGAUCAAGGUUUCCCGGCCUACCUCAGCGCCAAGCUUGCGUCUUUCUACGAGCGCGCUGGCCGUGUCACUGCCCUCGGUAGCCCCGAACGCCACGGAUCCGUUUCUAUUGUCGGUGCCGUCAGUCCUCCAGGCGGUGAUUUCUCCGAUCCCGUUACAACCAGUACACUCAACAUUGUGCAAGUCUUCUGGGGUCUCGACAAGAAGCUUGCUCAGCGAAAGCAUUUCCCCUCGGUCAACACGUCGAUCAGUUACUCAAAGUACACAACACCGCUCGACAAGUACUACGCCGAGAACAACCCCGACUUCCCACGUCUGCGUGAUCGCAUUAAGGAGCUGCUCACAACCUCCGACGACCUCGACCAGGUCGUGCAGCUUGUCGGCAAAUCUGCCCUGGGUGACUCUGACAAGAUCACCCUUGAUGUAGCCACAUUGCUCAAGGAGGAUUUCUUGCAGCAGAACGGUUACUCUGACUACGACCAAUUCUGUCCUCUGUGGAAGACGGAAUGGAUGAUGAAGAACAUGAUGGCGUUCCACGACGAGGCACAGAAGGCCGUCUCUCAGGGGCACAGCUGGCCCAAGGUCCGUGAUGCGACGUCUGAGAUCCAGAGCGAGUUGCGCAGCAUGAAAUUCGAAGUACCUUCCGAAGGCGAGGAGGCGAUUACAAAGAAGUACGAGCAGCUGUUGCAGAAGCUGACAGAGAAAUUCGCCUCUGUCAUCGACGAAACUGAUCAACUUGUAUUCGUCAAAGUGUACCCUGCAGUGAAUUACCAGGGUCCGAAGCACGGUGACGGAGGGGCCUCAGCCACAGUGGCGCACCUAGCUCGGGGACGCAUGUGUUGCGGUUACCCUUUACGCAACCCGCAUUCAACCAACGCCCAGAUUCCCAAACACCGCCAUCGGCGCCCGAGCGAACACCUCCACUCUUCCUACAUAUUCUGCUUCGUGCGCAUACUGACUGCGCACCCUACGCCACCCCAUACAUUCGCCCAUUAUGGCGACAAACCCAAAUGCGUGCGUUCUGUCAUCAACGUCAACGAUCCUGGCCUGAUCACGCUUGUGAACAGAUUGCAGGAUGUCUUCACCACAGUCGGAGUGCAAAACCCCAUAGAUCUGCCCCAGAUCGUCGUCGUUGGUUCGCAGUCCAGUGGAAAGAGUUCAGUACUGGAGAACAUUGUCGGUCGCGAUUUCUUGCCUCGAGGCUCUGGCAUUGUUACCCGAAGACCACUCGUCUUGCAGCUCAUCAACCGCGCUUCGCAAGCGAAUGGUGUCAAGGCCGAAGAGGUGAAAACCAGCGACGCCGAAUCCAACGCCGACGAGUGGGGAGAGUUCCUGCACAUUCCCGGUCAGAAGUUCUUCGACUUCAACAAGAUCAGAGAAGAGAUCAUUCGCGAAACAGAGGCAAAGACUGGACGCAAUGCAGGCAUUUCGCCAGCACCUAUCAACCUGCGGAUAUACUCGCCGAAUGUCUUGACACUUACUCUCGUCGAUUUGCCCGGUUUGACAAGAGUGCCUGUAGGAGAUCAGCCAAGGGACAUUGAGCGCCAGAUCCAGGAAAUGGUCCUGAAGCAGAUUAGCAAGCCGAACGCUAUCAUCUUGGCUGUCACCGCCGCCAACACUGAUCUGGCCAACUCGGACGGUCUGAAGCUGGCGCGAGAGGUCGAUCCCGAGGGCCAGAGGACGAUUGGUGUGUUGACAAAGGUGGACUUGAUGGACGAGGGCACUGAUGUCGUUGACAUUCUUGCUGGGCGCAUCAUUCCUCUACGACUGGGCUAUGUUCCUGUCGUCAACCGAGGGCAGAGGGACAUUGAGAACAAGAAGGCAAUUUCUCACGCUCUCGAGCAUGAACGAUCCUUCUUUGAAAACCACAAGGCAUACCGUAACAAGGCCACGUACUGCGGUACUCCGUACCUCGCUCGCAAGCUCAACUUGAUUCUCAUGAUGCACAUCAAGCAAACUCUGCCAGACAUCAAAGCGCGUAUCUCGUCCUCGCUGCAGAAGUACCAGCUCGAGCUUGGCCAACUCGGAAACUCCUUGCUCGGCAACAGCUCGAACAUCGUUCUUAACAUGAUCACCGAAUUUACAAACGAGUACAGAGGUGUUCUCGAUGGUAACAACCAAGAGCUCUCUGCGACUGAGCUUUCGGGUGGAGCACGUAUUUCGUUCGUCUACCACGAGUUAUACGCGAACGGUGUCAAGUCUGUGGAUCCGUUCGACCAGGUCAAAGACGUCGACAUCAGGACCGUACUUUACAACUCGUCCGGUUCUUCGCCGGCACUUUUCGUUGGCACAACUGCAUUUGAACUCAUUGUCAAGCAACAGAUCAAACGACUCGAAGACCCUAGCUUGAAGUGCGUAAGCUUAGUUUACGACGAACUAAUCCGCAUUCUUGGGCAGCUUCUGAACAAGCCGACCUUCAGACGCUACCCAGCUCUCAAGGAGAAGCUGUACGCUGUUGUCGUUCAAUUCCUUAAGAAGGCGAUGGACCCCACGAACAAGCUGGUUCGUGAUCUUGUUGGUAUGGAAGCCAUUUACAUCAACACUGGCCACCCCGAUUUCAUUAACGGAUCUCGCGCCAUGGCCAUUGUGCACGAGCGUCACAACGGAAACAAGCCGCAACAGGUCGACCCUAAGACAGGCAAGCCCAUAGCACCUCAAGUGCCCCCACGAUCGAUGUCGCCGUCUCUUGGAGGCGCUCCAGAGGAGGGUGGUGGUUUCUUUGGAUCCUUCUUUGCUAGCAAGAACAAGAAGAAGAUGGCUGCUAUGGAGCCUCCUCCAGCAACACUGAAAGCUUCUGGUACCCUCUCCGAGAAAGAAGCACAGGAAGUCGAAGUCAUCAAACUGCUCAUCACAUCCUACUUCAACAUCGUCCGCCGCACAAUGAUCGACAUGGUUCCCAAGGCUAUUAUGCUAAACCUUGUUGCGUGGUCUAGGGAGAACAUGCAGAGCGAACUGCUCACGAACAUGUACAAGACCGACGAGCUCGAAGAGCUGCUCAAGGAGUCCGAGUACACUGUCAGGAGGCGGAAGGACUGCCAGCAGAUGGUUGAAAGUCUGACGAAAGCGCAGGAGAUUGUUAAUCAAGUGCAGUAGAUGGAAAGAUCGGGUGACUAGAUUUCUACAACAUUCUCUGGGCUGGCAUUCUCUGCAGGGUGUUCGGGUGCUAGAUUUUGGUUGUGAAGUCAAUUGAGCGCAGUUUAUAUCCACAGCAAGCGAGGUUUGAAUGAAGCAAGUGACCGUAUAACAUGGUGUCUGUAAUUUGAUAGUCACUAAGAAUCUAUGUUCUGUGUGG